GGGCCUAUAGCGGAGCGACGCCUUUGGGCUGUGGCCUUCUGCAGGCGGCCAUAGUCGUGCCUGCUAAGCUUUUCUAAGUGACUCAUUUGCUUCACGUAGCCAGCAAAGCAAGACCACUGGGGAACUCCCUAAUCCGGUCUGCGUUUCCCUACACCCAGGCACAUCCUUGGCCCGCCCAUUCUCUGUCACCAGCCUCGAGAGGAUCGACCUGAGCCCGGGGCCUAGCACAGGAGGGGCCCGGGUGGACCGGGUCGAGAAGAACCAUUGCUACGUUCCAGUCCUGGAGGCUUCUGUGAGCCAAACUGUGAGGCGCGACGGAUUCCUAAGGCUCUCCUGGCCAGAACCCACAGUCCCAAACAGUGCACCUGCCGGAGGUCCCAACCCAGCGGGAGAAGUGGACAUGAGGUUGGCAGGCCCCCUGCGCAUCGUAGCCCUAAUCAUCAUUAUGGGUCUCACCUGGAUCCUAGUCACCAUCCUCCUAGGUGGUCCUAGUGUUGGCCUUCCUCGAAUUCAGCAGUUCUUCACCAGCCCAGAGAACUCAGUGACUGCAGAACCAAGGGCCAGGAAGUACAAGUGCGGCCUGCCCCAGCCAUGUCCCGAAGAACACCUGGCCUUUCGCAUAGUCAGUGGGGCUGCCAAUGUCAUCGGGCCCAAGAUCUGCCUCGAGGACAAGAUGCUCAUGAGCAGCAUCAAGGACAAUGUGGGUCGUGGGCUGAACAUAGCCUUGGUAAAUGGGGUCAGUGGUGAGCUCCUCGAAGCCAGAGCCUUUGACAUGUGGGCUGGAGAUGUCAAUGAUCUCUUGAAGUUCAUCCGGCCACUGCAUGAAGGUACCCUGGUGUUUGUGGCAUCCUAUGAUGAUCCAGCUACCAAGAUGAAUGAAGAGACCAGGAAGCUUUUUUCUGAGCUGGGCAGCAGGAAUGCCAAGGAGCUAGCCUUCCGUGACAGCUGGGUGUUUGUGGGAGCCAAGGGUGUGCAGAACAAGAGCCCCUUUGAGCAGCAUAUGAAGAACAGUAAGCACACCAACAAGUAUGAGGGCUGGCCAGAGGCCCUGGAGAUGGAAGGCUGUAUCCCUCGAAGGAGCAUGGCGGGCUAGCACCACAGAGCUCUGGCACCAGACUGAAGGAGGCAGCAUGGCACCAGUGUAGGGUGGAGACCAUGCCCCAUGCCCAGGCAUGAAGCUUCCCCUCCCUAACACAUUAGGGCUUGAAAGUAGCCUCAAGAUGAUAGGGGCUGCAGGGCUGGCCCAUUUCAUUUUGUCAGGGAGCUUAGGUACCUGUGUCCUUGUUUUCCUAAAGCUGAUCCCACAAUCAGUUACUACCCAGCACCUUCCUCUGCCCCUCCAGUGUGUCAUCUUCUGUUUCUUGUGUGCCCCCAGAUGCAGGGGUCUUCAAUGCUUGCCCCUCUCACUGGAGCAGCCAUUGGGUAGGGUGGAACAUCUUCAAGAAACUCUCCCUCCCAGAAGCACUGCAUUGCUAUCCAAUCCUAUUUUCAGUGUGAUUCUUUAAGCCAAAUCAGAGCUUAAUCAGAUGAUUUCUGCAAGCCUGAAUGGAACAAUCUGGCCUUUAGUGCCCAAAUAGCUGGAGUCCAGUCAGAGUUCCUCUCAAGGUGUAUGGCAGUAUGCAGUUUGUCAGAGGGCUCACCUUCUAAAUGACCUGUUUGUUAAUAAACUAAUCUCUUGCAGUGGAAUAAAGUAUAUUCAGAUGUCCUCA